CGCAAGUCAUUAAAAGUGGACUGAAGCGCAAUAAGCGAGAAAGGGGGAGUAGCCCAAUGGUUGCGGUCGGAGUGACACGUCCACCAAACAGAGUUCGAAUCCUGAUGGGAGUCGAAUAUCUUGCAUUUCUCGCUAAGGAGGCCUUAUAAAUAAAUUGCCAUUCCAAUUUUUUUUUAUCCGUCCGCAAUUACCUCAUCCUCCUCUGCCCCCGAUUCCUUCUCUCCUCGCAGCAGCCCCCGCCCCCUUCUCAAAGCUCCGCCAUCCCCGUCCUGUACUCCCUUGGAGAAGAUCUAUUUUUUUCGACGGGAGGAGUCAUUCCGGCUUGAUCCGUCCUGUACUCCCUUGGAAAAGAUCGAUUUUUUUCGACGGGAGGAGUCAUUCCGGCUUGAUCCGUCCUGUACUCCCUUGGAAAAGAUCGAUUUUUUUCGACGGGAGGAGUCAUUCCGGCUUGAUCCGGUGGUGGCGAUGCCGGCCAGAUCCUGCGACGGCGCCGACGCGAGCCACCAAGGGCCGUGGACUCCCUCUCUGGCUGCGCUUCCGCCAAACCCUAGCGGCUCGGCGUCCCGGCGACCAUCUCCGAGGUGGUUUCUUUCUGCAGCAGCCAGCCCAUGGAGAAGGCCCGGACAAAUUCUCGGAGCAGUACGCCCGCCGCUCCAGCACCUUUCCUCACCGCCGUCGUCAUUCAAGGUUCUCUCUGUGGUUGAAAUUUGGCAAGAUGAAGUUGUUCCUAUGGUUUCUGUCAUGAAAAUUAAAAUGACACCUUUGGAGUCUUGUGCUGACAUGGGUGGUUUAGAUGCUCAAAUUCAAGAGAUCAAAGAAGCAGCUGAACUUCCUGAGCUAUAUGAGGACAUUGGAUUCAGGCCUCCGAAGGGAGUCAUACUGUAUGGGGAACAGGGAAAGCUUUACUUGCAAAGGUUUCAGGUGCACUGUCAUUGUAUAUAUUCUCUCAGCCUCUUUAUUCUUGAAAUCAGUAUAUUCAGCUCUGCAGGAAGGUCCGUCUUCACAUCACGAUCUGCAGCCGCCAGCGGACGAGAGCAGGGCGGGCGACUGGUGUGUGGCGACUGCUGAAGGGGCGACGGGCGGCGGCGUGACGGGAGGAGGUGAGAAGGCACCAACUGAACAGGCGCACGAUACACACGUACUGUACGUAGGAUCCAAACAAUCGCUACCUUGUUUUCUUUGCUACUAGAUGGGUCGCGCCUGCGCCCGCUCCAACAAUCCUCCAAUCGGUGUCUAGGUUUAUUUUCACUGCCGAAGCCCCAAAUACGAAGUAGUAUACACGUAUAAGUGCAAUUUCUACCCGGUGUCUUGUGAUACCGGUUGCGUGAAUGUAGGUCCGCCCCUGCCAUGUAGCAUCGAUGGACGUGGAGAAAGAACAUGACUGUGCGAAAGAAAAUGAUUUUGCGCCAACAAAGGAGAAACUUGGAUAUGGGCAUCGAGUCCAACCAACAUCGAGGAGCUCAAGCUUGUUGAUCCGACAACUCCACCACCCUCCAGUGUAUGUCUCUGCAAGGGAGUGGAAGAAGCUCAAGAAGGGGGCAUCCCUGGCAAAAAAUGGCAAGACAGUGGAUGCAUCAGAAGUGACAUGAAGCGUUUUGGCAAAAUCGACGGCCUCCUUGGGGAGGAGCGCCGGGCCUAAUGUUGAUUGUGCAAUAUUGCGCGGGAGUGUGCCGACUUUGCGCGGUGGAAACCCAGUUACCAAAGUAUCAUGUGGAGCAAUGGCGGGGCUACACAUAAGAUGCUGGAGGGGCGAAAGGCAAUACAUCAAUCUCUGAGGGUGUGCGCCAUCAGCCGGUGGCUGAUGAUAAGUGUUUCAAUGAUUAGACACUCCCGAUGCAAAAAAAAAGGAAAACAUUUGAAAUCAACCGAUUGAAUUUGUCUAUCCAUAAGCCACCUUCGACGCUUGACACGCGUCGUCGUCGGGCCACGUACCACUCUACUAGCACGCCUUAUCCUCCCGCAGCAAACCACAGCCACACGUGACACGUCUAACCCAUCUGUUUUCCCCUUCGUCUCCCUCUGCUCAUGAACCCGCAUGGCUCAGAUUUGUCCUCCACUCCAGCAGCUCGUCCCCGUCGUUAACACAAAAACGGCUCGUGAGCCAACAAUCACCACCCUCUGCCAACAUGUCCCAAAGCAUCCCUUCUCAUCUCGCUCGCAGCUCACCCCGGCAGCCAAGCUCAAAUCACGAGCACUUGUCGGCGCGGCCGACGUUACAAUACAACGCUCACAAUGCAGCGGGGGCACCGAGUCUUCAAUGCAACGCUCGUUGGCGGCGGCCCCGACGCACCGGUGUGAUGACCCUUUUUGCAGCAAGCAAGUUGCGGCUGGCCUUGUAGCAUCGGCUGGUCGUGGAUCUCGCCGGGGCGGCGACGCUCAUGGUGUUGUAAAGCGGUGUCUGGCGCGACGCGUUCUGUGGUGCUACAGCGGCGUCCGACGCGGCGCACUCCGCUCGUGAUGCUGCAGUGAAGUGCGUCGGGCUGCAAUGGAGUGCUGCUGGAGGCUGCAAUGGAGCGUCAUGUGGGGUCGUUGAGCUUUGCCGGGGCUGCAAUGAAGCUCUGCCGGAGCUGCAUUGAAGCACGCUGGAGCUGCAAUGAAGCGUGCACAGGUCGUUGAACCUCGUCGGGGGUUGCAAUGGAGCGCCGCUGUGAUUGCAAUGGAGCACUGCCGGGCGCCGCCGAGGCUGCAAUGGAGUGCCAUCGGGCGCCGCCGGUGCUUGCCCGCGGUGCUGCCAUGGGAGCUGCUGCGUUGAAGCUUUUUUAUCGCCGUCGGCGUUGCCAUUUUUUGAGCAGCACCUGGAUGGCUUCUGGUGCUGCGAUGCAGCGGUCGCCGGCAGCUCUGGUUGGUUUGUUGUGACCGAGAAUCGACACCCCGGUGAUGGGCGCUGCUACCGGGGGUGCUGCUCCGACGAGUGAACACUGCUAGCCAGAGGCUGUCGUGAGCGAGAGAUGGUAGUACAAGAGAGGAGGAAGACCCAGGGCGAUGCAUCGCUGAGAGCAUGCAAUCGAACGGUAAGGCACACUAGAUCAGACGGUUAGUUAGGUGGUUGAUCUGUUGCUAAAUCAACCGGCUGAUUCGUAGCAGCCGCCAAAAAAAAGGGUGGGGGUCAAUUAUAGCCUCAGUUUGCCAUUCCAAUUUACGUCAUCGUGACACUCGUUUCGUAACAAGGUAUAAGGAGUAGCGGUCAUCAUCGGCUCGAAAGCUCUCGGAUGUCUCAAUCGGGACAUGAAGGAAGCUCGUUAACGUUUAUUUAAAGGGGCUAUUGUUCUUCUGAUCCAGCGAGGUGGGACUAAAUGUACGGUUUGGACGUGACGGCGCGGUCGCUCACAAGAAAAGGUGCUACUUGGAUGUCCACGGGAGUCUUUGUGAUCGCCUUGUUGGACGGAUUGUGGACAAACCGGCGAGGUGGGACUAAAUGGAUGGAUUCGGGAUCAACUGCCGCUCACACUCUGCCUCGCGUGGGCCGGCCCAUCACCGCGCACAGGUGGCCAGCUCUCGGUAGCGUCGGUUUACCUCUUUGUUUCCCAAGUUGUUGGUUAACUUGACCUGGCUGCCGUUAACUUGAUGUGUUGACCUUUAACCUGACCCAUUGACCCGAGAUAUCCGUUGACUUUUUGAAAAAAGUUUGCACGCUCGAAAAAGUUCAUAGAUUUUUAAAUGGUUAACGAAUUUAAAGAGUUCGUUGUAAAAAAAUCAUUGAUUUAUAGAAAAGUUCAUGAAUUUUUAAAAAUCAUCGAUUUGAAGAAAAGUACUAAAUUUCAGUAAGUUCAUGUAAUUUAAAAAAAUGUUCACAAAUGUGAACAAAGUUCAUCCAUUUCGGGAAAAAAUUCAUCAAUUUUAAAAAAAGUUCAUCGAAUUUGAAAGAAAGUUCAAUGUUUUUGAAUGAACUUUGUGCAUUUUGAAGAAAGAAAAAAUAAGUAAAAAUGAAAAGAAAAAAUGAAGAAAAAAGGAAAGAAAAAACCACACAAAAACCGGUCUACAAAAAAAAACACAAAUUUGAAACAAACGAAAAAGGAAACAACUGGAAGCUUCCCAAAAACUUCCCGGUGUCCAUGCCGACGCCAUGAGCCAUAUGGAUACUAAGCAGUAAUAAACAUAAAAGCAACCCAUUCAAUAGCUGAAAAUGUCAAAUAAUAAAAAUAUGAAAAUGAAGUGUUAAUCUUGAAAUUCUUGUUCCUUGUGUGAAAUUAAACAAUAAAAACAUAAGGUCUUCAAAAAAUAGCAACAAAUAUGACCAGUCAACAUGAAUUCACCCGAAAUUCUCCGAUUUUUAUGUUAUCGCAAGGAGUUACAUUAUUGGGACAUUUACAUCUAUACCCCUAACUUGAUCCCACUAGUUAGAUUUGCCCCUAGUUUCAAAGGGUGCUCAAAUUUGUCCCUCUGCUGUUAGUAGCCU